AUCGGUACUGGGGUGGAAUGGGUAAUGGCGAUGGCGGAGGGAGGGACGGAGGGGUAAUGUUGGGUGGUGAAGAGGAGGCGAUGCGAAGGCGAUGAGAUGGCGAUGAGGGCGAUGGUGUAGGCAGCGGCGGCACCCGCGGAGCUACUUUGCGGUACCGGGUCAAUUAUUCUCCGGAUUUCUACGUUCGUAGAAUUCACGCAGAGGGUGAUUGGCUCGUUGAUUAAUGUAGCCUUUGACGGAUGCAUUUCUUGCUUUGUUUUAGCUCAUGGGUAACGACGAUAGUGUGCGGUGCGCUGGGGUGUAGCUUGGCCGGCAGCUGGUCGUGCACGCAGAUUAAAUGAAAAGGCGAUGGGGGGAAGUUAAGAAGGGAUGAGUGUGUGUGGGGGGAGGGAAGGGGAGGGGUGGAGGGUGGUUUGUUGAGUGUGAUCAGUUGCGUCGAUCAUGGCUUGUCGAGUGUGUCAGUUUAAUUGAUUAAGAGAAGUCCCUUGAUGAAGUUGCGCCUUGCACGCACUUGGUGAAGGGUGUUUUGUAGAGGAGUGGCUCCGGGAUUCUGUUUUGGUCCUGAUUUUCCAUGGUUGUAUGGAGGGAAGGUUUGGCUGCAUCUGCAUUGUAUUUCAAUUUUGUACUUGAAGAGAAGCAGAGAUGGGAUGGUUUGACAAACUGCUGGGGAACGACUUUGGGUCGAGUUAUCGUUACGGUGAAGGAGACGAGUAUCCUCGACUUCAAUACGCCCCGCGUCAGAGUUCCGGAGGCUGGCACGGCCCAAACAUUUUUGAUGAUGGAAUGCGAAAUGGUGCAGGAACGUCUUACUCCAAUGAUCGGCAUGGGUAUGACAGGCAAGGUUACGACAGGCAAGGUUACGACAGGCAAGGCUACGACACGCAUUAUGAUUCGAGGCUGCCGUUUCACGACAGCUCAUCCAAUGAUCGUCACGAGCCGUCCUUGGAAGAGACUGAUAGAGCUAUUGCUCUUGCUCUGGCUGAAGAAGAAGAACAAAGUUCAAGAGGUGCACGGCCUGUGUACAAUUUGGAUGAGGACGAGCAACUAGCAAAAGCUUUGCAAGAUAGUGUGGAUUUUGGGCACCGUGACCCAUGGAGGGUUCCCGAUUAUACUCCUUCAUACCCCCCUCCUCCUGCCAGGUCAAGCGGCCUGACUGUUUGUGCUGGGUGCGGUGAAUCACUUGGUUAUGGGCGCUUCUUGAGUUGCUUGGGUAGAAAUUGGCACCCAGACUGCUUCUGUUGCAAAAAAUGCGGCACAGCCAUUGCAGAUCGCGAGUUUUCAGUUAAUGCGAGUGAAGCUUAUCAUCGUGAAUGCUACAAAGAGCUUUAUCAUCCGAAGUGCGAAGUUUGCGAGCAAUUUAUUCCAACAAAUUCAGUCGGACUUAUAGAAUAUCGAUCGCACCCAUUCUGGAACCAAAAGUAUUGUCCAAGACAUGAGAGGGAUGGCACACCCCGUUGUUGUAGUUGUGAUCGUAUUGAGGCUGGAGGUCCAGGAACAUACAUUUCUUUGGCUCAAAUAACUGGAGCUCAAGGAACGUUGGCGGAUGACCGGAAGGUCUGUCUAGAAUGCUUCGACACAAUAGUGGUGGAUACCGCAGCCUGCCAACCCUUGUACCGAGAGAUUAUGAAGUAUUACGAUAGCAUCGGCAUGCCAAUCGAGCAGGAAAUUCCUAUGCUUUUAGUUGCGCGAAGCGCCCUCAAUGCAGCACGAGAUGUCGAGAAAGAUGGACACACUCAUUCUGCGGAGACACGAGGUUUAUGUCUUUCCGAGGAACAAACUAUCACUUCGGUGCAUGGGGGAGGAAAAUCUAGAACUCCAACGAGGCAUAUGCGGGCUGAAAACCAGAAACUAACUCGUCAUUGUGAAGUCACUGCCAUCCUUGUCCUGUAUGGACUUCCUAGACUACUGACGGGCUCUAUCUUAGCUCACGAACUUAUGCAUGCCUGGCUUCGUCUGCAAGUGCCGAAUUUCCCACACAUGCGCCCUGAAGUUGAGGAGGGUAUAUGCCAAGUCAUGUCACACAUAUGGUUGACGACCGAGCUUAAAAAACUGAAAAGUGGCAGAUCAUCGUCGUCAUCUUCUUCCAGCCAAACUGCUAUUGAAACUCGACUUGCUGAAUUCUAUUUGCACCAAAUCGCUUCUGAUUCAUCACCUGUCUAUGGGGACGGAUUUCGGUACGGGAUAGCAGCUGUGCAGCAAUUUGGGCUUUCUCGCGUGCUUGAGCAUCUCCGACUCACUGCAAACUUUCCUUUGUAGCUAUCUGGACCUUCUCAAGCUCACUAGUGCUAGAUGAUCGAUUGGAUACUUGUUUGUGAACCUCUUCUAUUCGGAGGCUUCAUGGGUGUCGAUUCCCCAGGUUCUGUAACAUAAUUUUCGAGUUGCGUGGUGCCAAAAAAGUUUGUAAGUAUUUCGUAAAACCUCUGGAGACUUUUUGCGACUCCUGCAGGUCUAUGUUUUUAUUGAAAAUUUAUUUUUAGUACUAUGUUUUGUAGGACGUUGAGAUGGAAUCAUAUUGAGUGGACAGAAUCUUACAUGGAGGUUUAAGGUCGAGGUAUUGUUCAGCAAUCAUUCAGAUCUGAAUGGCCGAAGUAUGUCUGCAUUUUGCAAUAUCGAAUUCCAGUGAGUAGGAGAGAAUGUGCCACUCUUCUCCAUCGCUUUCCUUCAUGUCAGUGCUCAAGCCAGGAGCGACUAGACUGUGGACUGAACAGAACUUUUGAGCACUGUUUCAGAUAAAAACUAAUUUUUUUCAAAAACUGAUUCUUCAA